UACUGUUCCUUUAAAAGUUCAGUCCUUUUAAUACUAGGUUAAUAAUUUGUUUAAUCUGCUAUUAUUUUUUUCUUUGGAAAAAAGAUUGUUCCCAUUAACAUUAGAUUCAUACUUUUGUUUUAUUUGCUACUAUUCUUUUUAUUGAAAAAGUUUAUAACAGUAGUAUAUGUAAGUCGUUCUCUUUCUUUUCAAUUAACUUGUUUUUUUUUCUUGAGAAUACUUUGCAGGUUGCAUCAGUUCAGCAUUUUGUGAAGAUGCCUCGGAAAGGUAGGAGAUCCCAGGCUCAAAAAGUUCGUUGGAGAAAGUUUGACCUGACAGGACAGACUAGUGUCAGCCAAGGCAUUGCUCAGUUUUCUGAUGGACAGCAGUAUGAAGAUGGUGACAACACAUCUAGAGUUAUAUCCGUGCAGGCGUCUCACUGCCAGAGUGAUGCAAGGUAUGAUGUUUUUUCACGAAACAGUCAGUGCACAUGUGUAGCUCUGACAUUCCUUGCGUACCACAGUGAGGGAACUUCAUUUGAACAGCCUGAACUUGACCGGGUGCUAGAGGAAGGUGAUGCUUUGUAUGUGGGCAUUAAAAUGCAGCUUAUGGCUGAAGGAAGAUUCCGACAGGAUCUUCUAAGCAUGGCUGAAGUACCUCUGAGCAUCUCGACUUCUAUACGCAACUACAGCGUCCAAAAGUCAGAAGUGGUGAUGGGGUAUCUUCGAGACAGAGGAACUCAGGAAAUGGACGCCUGGUGGAUUCCUCUUGAUGAAAGACUUCAGUGUCUCUCAUCAGAUGUCAGUCAUGCACUGCUUAUUGUUUCUCCAGAGUGCUUUGCUGUGUUCAGAGACCGAUCUGGAAGAUAUGGAUAUUUUGAUUCACAUUCCAGAACUGCUGAAGGUUGGCCACAUCCUACUGGUGACGGAACGGCAGUUAUGCUAACUUUCACCAACCUGCAUGACAUGACCAACAGGUUACUUGAGCUUUUUUGGAAUCGUGGUCCUCAAGCUUGCUAUGAAUUCAUGGCUGUUUCAUUUGAAAUGGAGCAACAGCCUGAGGAGCCAUGCUCAUCAGCAGCAUGUGUGACACAAUCACAAGUGACUUCACCUCUGCCAAAAACACCAACAACUGCUGACAUCAGAAUCCCUGAAAAUCUUGUUUUGAAAGAUGACAAAAACCCAAGUGUCAUAAAUGUUUUAAAAGCAAACAAGCAGCGAAGAAGAAAAGAACUGCGUAAAAUUGCGAACAAAAAGCAAGAAGCAAGACUUGAGAAAACCGCUCUACUUUUUGAAGUUCGGGGAAAAAAAAGAAGAGAAUACGAGAGAGAGAAAUAUUCCACCAAUUUGCAGUUUCAGAAAAAGAAAAUCGAGGGUACAAAAAAGAAGUAUGACCAAGAUCUUUUUGCUAGAUUCAGAAAGAUUGAGUAUAUGGCCAAGAGGUACAAAACUGAUCUUCUCUUCCAGAAAAAAAAGAAGGACUACAUGUUCAGGAGGUAUAAGACCGAUGAUCUUUUCAAGAAGAAGAAGAAGGACUACAUGGUCAGGAGGUACCACACUGAUGCUGUUUUACAGAAGAAGAAGAAGGACUAUAUGGUCAGGAGGUACCACACGGAUGCUGUUUUACAGAAGAAGAAGAAGGACUACAUGGUCAGGAGGUACAACACUGAUGCUCUUUUCCAGAAGAAGAUGAAGGACUACAUGGUCAGAAGAUAUGCAGGUGAUUCGGAGUUUAGGUCACAUCACAUUCUACGUAGUACUCUCCAAAAGAAACAGAAGUGUCUCACCGAUCCUGGAUUCCAGAUUCUGCACAAGUUGAGGUGUGCCUUAAGGAUCAAGAGAAAAUACAGGCCAUACAUUAGUUUCAGCCAGGAUACACCUAAUUCUGAUGCAAGAAACCAGCCUGUGUCCAACUGCUUGAUUCAAAAGGCCAUAUCUGCGUUUCGCGGUCAAAUUCUGCAUGGUCCAACUUACAUCUGCACAGUCUGUCACAGGACCCUUUUUCCAAAUCAAGUCAAGAUGUGUAAUAGAACACGAUACGUCAAAAAUGUUCAUAUUACAGCCUUUUGCUUAACCGGGAAAUAUGUUCAUGCUUGUGACAGUGCCUGCUCAGUUCCUUGUGCAGUUCCAGAUGAGCGAAGACAGGAGUGGAUCUGCCACACCUGUGACAGCCAUCUGAAGAGAGGAUCCAUGCCUUCUAUUGCAGCGGCAAACAGACUUGAAUUGCCACCCAUCCCUGCAGAACUGCUUGAGCUGAAUGUUCUUGAACGACAGCUUAUCGCCAAAAUUGUUCCUUUUGCAAAAAUAGUUGCAUUGCCAAAAGGACAGCAGCGAUCAGUUUAUGGUGCUGUUGUGUGUGUGCCCUCUGAGAUGGAGAAAACAGUUAACUGUCUCCCAAGGCCUAACAGUGAGUCUCAGCUCCUACAGGUGAAGCUGAAAAGACACAUCAAGUUCAAAGGAUACCAACACUUCCAUACUGUGAAUAUGCACAAUGUGCUAGCAGCACUAACAAAACUGAAAGCGAUGCAUUCAGAAUAUAGGGACAUCUUUAUAAGUGAUGCUGCCACAUUUGAAUUUCUCCCUGAUGAUGAGCUGCAUGACACGGAGGAGAAACAGGAAGUUGUUGUCUCUGAACAGGAUGAGCAGAAUGUCAGCACAGAAGAAAAGGAUGAGCUCAGGCCUGGCCUCACUCUGGACACAUGCAUGCAGCCACUUGAUAUUGGACAGGACUUGCUGUCGUACGGUGAGGGAAUCUUCAGCAUUGCGCCUGCUCAAGGGAAAAAGCCAGUCGGAUUUUCAAGGUUCCCAAAUUGGAAGCCAUGGCCUUCCCCGUACAGUUUCCCACUGGACAGAACACAAUUGAUGAGGCACGACAAGUUGCAUUAUCACCAAGCAUGUAUUUCAAUGCUAGACUGUUCUGCGUGGAUACUCGUUUUGCCAAAGACCAGAGUUAUCUCUUCUUUGCGCAGUUUGUCACUGAAACGCACAUGGCUAGAAACAGCAUGUCUAUCCAGUUGCGAAAGGGCAAACCUGUCACAAAAGAUGGACGUAGAAUCUCCAACAAGCUUCUUCAGGAUGAUCUUGAGGUCGAAAGACUGGUCCACAGCCGUGAUGCAACAAGGUUUAUGCAACCCCUGAGAGGCACUCCAUCUUAUUGGGAGAAAACGUUGAGAGAUCUACAGGCCAUGAUCAGGCAGUUAGGGAAUCCUACUUUUUUUUGCACAUUCAGUGCAGCCGAAAUGCGAUGGCCAGAAGUGAUAACGGCAAUCAAGGCUCAGCAAGGUGAAGAGGUCAACUUUUCAGAGCUUGACUGGACAACAAAAUGUGAAAUCCUCCGAAGUAACCCCGUCACCGUCAUGCGGAUGUUUGAAAAACGAGUGGAUGCAUUAAUGAAUCAUCUGCUUUUGUCACCUGCUCAACCCAUCGGCGAAGUCGAGGAUUACUUUUAUCGCGUGGAGUUUCAAGCUAGAGGAAGCCCACACAUUCAUCUGCUGGCCUGGGUAAAGGGGGCACCCGAAUUUGAAAAU